CGUUUUUCUCAAUAUUCUCUCUUCUCUUCUUUUCUUUUUCUUUUUCUUUUCCUUUCUCUUUUCCUUUUCUUUCUUCUUUGUUUCUUCAUUACAAUUUUUUCACCAACCAAACAUUCUCACAUUUAGCAUAGCAAUGGCACCUUCCGCCAAUUCCUCCGGCGGUUCUGUGCCGUUGCUAACCACCUCUAUCGUAGGGCUGAAAUUCUAUAUCUUAGUCCUCAUUUUAGUCGCAAUCGUAGUCACAAUCAUUCUCAUCACCGUUCUCUGCAUUCGCCGGAAUCGAACCUCAAAGAAGAGCAAAAUGCGGCGAGUGAAGCAUAGUUCCGGAACAAUUCCACUUGUUUCUAAGGAGAUCGUGGAGGUGAUCAAGAUCGAACAAGUUGACGGUGAUGAAUCGUCGAGGAUGAAGAAGCAAGUGGAGUGUGAGAUCGAAGAGAGUAGUAGUGUGUCGGUGGAGUCACCGUCGCCGUCGGCGAACAUAGGGUGGGGUCGGUGGUAUAGUUUGAAGGAAUUGGAGAAUGCGACGGAUGGAUUUGCGGAAGGGAGCGUGAUCGGAGAAGGAGGAUAUGGAAUUGUAUACAGAGGAAUUCUUCAAGAUGGUUCUAUUGUCGCUGUCAAGAAUCUUCUCAACAAUAAGGGUCAAGCAGAGAAAGAGUUUAAAGUGGAAGUUGAAGCCAUUGGAAAAGUGAGGCAUAAGAAUUUGGUUGGGUUAGUUGGAUAUUGUGCAGAAGGUGCUAAAAGGAUGCUUGUUUACGAAUAUGUUGACAAUGGAAAUUUAGAGCAGUGGCUGCAUGGUGAUGUAGGACCUGUUAGCCCUUUGACUUGGGAUAUACGAAUGAAGAUUGCUGUUGGGACUGCAAAAGGGCUAGCCUAUUUGCACGAAGGCUUAGAACCCAAAGUUGUCCACCGAGAUGUAAAAUCAAGCAACAUUCUUUUAGACAAAAAAUGGCAUGCCAAAGUAUCAGACUUUGGACUGGCCAAGCUCUUAGGAUCUGGGAAAAGCUAUGUGACAACACGCGUAAUGGGGACAUUUGGAUAUGUUUCACCGGAGUAUGCAAGCACGGGUAUGCUUAAUGAGGGCAGCGAUGUGUAUAGUUUUGGGAUUCUACUCAUGGAGCUAGUUACAGGAAGAAGUCCCAUUGAUUAUUCUAGAGCACCUGCAGAGAUGAACUUGGUUGAUUGGUUUAAGGGAAUGGUAGCAAGUCGUCGUGGUGAGGAGCUAGUUGAUCCUUUGAUCGAGAUUCAGCCUUCUCCAAGAUCUUUGAAGCGAGCUUUACUGGUUUGCCUUCGCUGUAUAGAUUUGGAUGCCAAUAAGCGACCAAAGAUGGGUCAAAUUGUUCAUAUGCUUGAGGCAGAUGAUUUUCCCUUCCGUUCUGAACUUCGAACUAGAGAGAAAGAUCCUGUUCCUUCUCAAGUAGACCUUUUCAAAAAGGUUCCGUAUCCAAAAAGACAUGUGGAGCCCGUAAAUAAAGCGAGCUGGAGAUGAUUGUUUGUUGCAAUGACCAUGGCAGCCUUGGAUUGCGAAUUACUAGUUCUAAUGAAGUUCAACUUAUUAUGAAAAAAGUCAGAAGCCAUUGUGCAUAUCUUAUAUUACCAUGUAGUUAACAGUUAUUUUUCUUUAGGUCUUUUAACAUAUUUUGUUUGCAUUAUCUUGUGAAUAAACAAGCUCUGUAAAUAUUUAUCUCUCACGAUAUAUCAAUUUUAUCAGUUUGAAUAAGAUGAUAUUUCUGCAA